AUGUCCUCUCAUCAUGUCACUAAUUGCCUGGCAGAAGAGGCCGACUCCCACCUGGCCACAGCCUCCUUUCAGGCAGUUGUAGGGAGCGAUACGUUUGCAGAUUCUUCUGCAAAGCUUACUGAGAAAGUGAAACUGCAAUGCAUGUAUAAAAAAAAAAAGAAAAAAGCUGUGAUAAUCCAGACAUCCUGGAUGAAAUGUAAUCAUAAGGAAAAUACAGCUGUCUUGCAUUCAAUCUAUGGCAUACAUACCAAAGACAAGUACGAUAGAAGAAUUUAUUUUGAAAAUAGGGACAAGUCCUUAUCCUUCAUCAAGACCACCUUGGAAGAUGAUGAUCUCCAUAGAACUAACAGUUUCUCCAUUGUAACUAACCCAGAUGGAAUUUUGAAAAAGGGAAUAGAAAUUGCUCAUUCAACAGAUGCUUUUGAAGUGUCUGAGAAACAAAAUAAUCCCAUGUUUACCAAGCCAGGAGGAGAUGUUGCUUUUACUUGCCCUUAUAAAAUUGGAGAUUCAGUGCAGUGAGCAAUGUGGGAAAGGAUUAAAGCAGAUUGGGUAGAUAUUGUCAUUCUGUGCAAUUUGUCAGGAAAGCAAAGCUUUGGUUCAGAUUUCAAAGAACAUACACCAGUGGAUUGUUCUGACCAGAUUGUCUUUCAAAACAUUACAGCCUCUGACUUUGCAAUGUAGUACCGUGUAGCUGCUGGGAGAAAUAAAAACCAUGUGAUGAGUUUUACUGUGGUUGCAACUUGGGAUCACAAAUGGUUUAUUACCUACAUAGCUGAAGGGAUUUCUGCUGCUGUUUUGCUGUUAGUUUUCCUACUGGUCUUCUGCAUCACCACUGCUUGUCACAAAAAAAAGAAGAGGAAGAUCACAGAGGCUUUAUCAAAAGCUUUGUACUCCACUCAGAUCUGGCUAAGAUCACCUGUUGAGAUGAAGCUUACUCAUGCCUCCUUCUAACAGUUAUGGAAGAUCCAAUUUUCAUGGCAUACACAGCAGAGAAAGAAGAGGAGAAGAAUCAUCACUCCGGCAGACAGAGGAGAUUUAUGCCAACUGCAAAAACAUCUCACACAAACAUAAGAAAAGAUGAUUUGGUUCUUUCUUAAGAAUGAAGUAAUCAAAGCACAGGCCUUUUAUUUGCAGCAUAGACUUUAUUUUCUCUGUGCUGGUGAGACGUGGAGGGUCAAACUGGCUGUGCUGGGCACUGCCUGGGCUGCUUUGUCAGGACAGUGACGUGACCCUGGCUGUGUUGGUGCUGUAUUGCAGCCUGCAGAGUUACCCUACCCCUUAAUUCAUAUGCAGGAUUAGAGACUAUUUGUCCUUCUGCAAUUGAAACACUUUAACCUAGUAGGUGGACUCUUAAGUAUCAAUUUUAGAACGGCUCUGAUAUGUAGAAUAGAGCUGCAUAUGUUUACAUAAAGUUAAUUUGGUCUGAGAAAUCUAUGUGUAUGAGAAGCCUAUGUGACAGGGUGAGAAAGAAAAUGUGUUUGAUGUUGUCUUCGUUCAUGGUUUUUGCAUCUCAAAUUGAGAACUCUAUAGAAUAAUAAAUACCCACGAUUUUCCACACAGGAGGUGUUAUUUUGCUGCCGGGCAAGCAGUACUAUUCAGCUGACAAAAGCAAAUGUAUCAGGGCUCCUUGAACCUAGAUUUAAAAGUAUGAAUAGCAGCUUGGUAUCUGACAGCUUUGUGGUUUUACAGGCUUCUUGCCACAGUAAUUUCAGUGUCUUCUAUUUGGGGAUGGAAUUGAAGUGUAGUCCCUGCUCUCCUUCCCCACUCCUUCACCCUCUCCACUCCCCCCAUGCCCAGAAGAAAACAAAACAUGAAGACUCUGUCACUGUCAGGUUAUAUUUAAUAAUUUAUUAUAAGGUUUAAUUGCGCAAAAAAUAAAUGAGAAACAUGGAAGGUAUAUGAGUAAAUGAUGCAAA